AUGAACUGCGACCUGUCCAAGCCCUCCAAAGGUGGCACAAGCUCAGACCAGGCCGCAGCCUACUGCCAUGGAAUCCUCGACCCCAACUCCCAGGUGGGGAACUGCCUGCCGCUGGGCAACAUGCGGAUGGGGACGUGGGUGCACGACAUCGAGUGCCACCCGGGCCAGGGCGCGAAGCUGGCGCGCUCCGCGGGGACCUUCGCCAAGGUGGUGAAGGAGCCUGGCGCGCAGUGCCUGGUGCGGCUGCCCUCCGGCGUAGAGAAGGUGCUGGACUCACGGUGCCGAGCGACCGUCGGCGUGGCCUCCAACCCCAACCACGGCGUGCGCAAGCUCAGGAAGGCCGGCAACAGCCGGUGGCUCGGCCGGCGCCCCGUCGUGCGCGGCGUGGCGAUGAACCCCGUGGAUCAUCCGCACGGCGGCGGUGAGGGCCGCACCAAGGGUGGCAGGCCGUCGGUGUCCCCCUGGGGGAAGCCCACCAAGUCUGGCUACCGCACGGUGAUUAGGAAACAUGGCCGCUAG